UGGCCUGUUCUGUCCCAUCCCACGCCUCGUGCUCUCUGCUCGCACCCUGAGCCCCCUGCCCAUCUUUGUCCAUAGAUGCUGACUGACCGGUGGGACAUUUACAAUGUCCAUUAAAGACGCGCCUGCUGGUGGAAGCACAGGAAACGAGCACCUGCAGCAGCUUUCCAACCCCUUCUCCUGCAUUCUACGAAGCUGGAAAAGGCAGACACAGAACUCCAAGACUACCAGAGCAGUCUUAUCAUGAUUGAGAGUGAUCGAGAACUGUCAGCCAUGGUGCAGGAACUGUGGGACAAUGACAUUAACAGACUCACACCUGGAAAAGACUACAGGAUCUCCCUGCAGGGCAAAGCUGGAGACAGCAUGGGCACAUCUGACAUCGAUCGAGCAGGAUCUCCUCUGUUUACAUUUGUCAAUGAGAAUAUUUUCAAAAAGGAAACAUUUCUUGCCUUUAUCUCCCUUCUGGAUAACUAUGAGAGUGACACUGGUGUGCCUGAAAUCGUUACUCCUGAGGAGGAAGCAGAGAACCACAAGUUCCUGGACUCCAUUGUUCAGACUCAAACGAUGAAGAUAGCCCACAAAUACCUGGUGGAGAAGAAACUUUCUCCUGAAAAUGAGACAGAAUUCAAAGAGCAGCUGUACAGGAUCUGGUUUGAGCUUUAUGCCAGGAGAGGAUCCAGCAGACCAGACUCUUCAGGAUUUGAACACGUGUUUGUCGGAGAAACACGAGGGGGGCGAACGGUCAUUGGUUUUCACAACUGGAUCCAGCUGUACUUACAGGAAAAGCUCGGACACAUUGAUUAUAAAGGCUACAGUGUCAAUGCGAACUCCCCCCAGCCAGAUGAGAACAAACACAUCCUGGGGCUUCAGUUUAGCUGGAAGAAUGGUAUAAAGCCAAAGGGAAGCAUCUUUAUUGGAGUCAGUCCUGAGUUCGAGUUCGCCCUCUACACUCUCUGUUUCCUCACUUCCCCCAAUGAGCGUGUCAAAGUCCAGUUCAGUCUUUAUGACGUGGAGAUUGUUUGCCACCAUUACAAUCAAAAACACAUAGGCACAACCUUCCCUAUGCUAAUUAAGUACUUGAACCCCAAGUAACCUGAUUAAACUUGAUAUUUUAGCCCUGCAGAGGUGCCACAGGUGUUGUUGUUGUCUUUUCAUUUUACAUAAAGAAACAAUAAAAACCUCUUAAAACCCA